UCGUCGUAGAGCGAGAAGCGCCUGUGGGGAGUUGAAGGGCUUUGGAGGCCGCGGAGGACAUGGAAAGCCGGCAAGGCGAGGAAGAAGCGGCGGCGGACGAGGUGGGCCUCGUCGUCAAGAGCCCCGCGCAGCGCCACCCGGACCUGCUCCUGUCGGCCCGGCGCUCCUGGAGCGUCCGGCGCCUCAAGGCGGAGCUGCGACACCUUCACCCGGAUGAGCCGCCUGAAGACACUCAGAGGUUGAUUUAUUCUGGAAAGUUGUUGCACGACCAUCUUUUUCUGCAAGAAGUCCUCACCAAGCAGGAGACGGUUCACGCUCUCCAUUUGGUGUGCAACUCCAAGAAUCUGCCCAAGAUGCAAGGAACUGACGUGAAGGUGGCUGAGGCCCAGCAGCAGUCCACUGCAUCGGGCCAGAACCCUUCGGAUCUUCCUCCAGGGUCUGCUCCCAGCCGAGAAGAGGCUCCCCCAGGCCCGUCUGUGACCACAGAGGAAGCUGCCACAAGGUCUCCGAUGACUCAGCAUCCCUUUCCAACUGUGAGCUCCAGUUAUUCAUCCUACACAGCAUAUCACAUGCUGCAGCUCUGGUUCCAUCAGUUUUACACAAGGCAAUACUACAUGCAGUACAUGGCUGCCAACGCUCAUUCGGGCGACUUCUCCGCCAGGAGUUCCCAGGAGAUCUCGGUGGCUCCGGUGGCCCCCACAGCUCCCCUUCCCGGUCCGUUCCCUGCCGAGAACCCCCCCGUGGAUCAAAAUGCCCCCCCUCAAGCCAACCCCGGAGUGAACCCCAACCUGCGCAUGAAUGCCCAGGGGGGGCCCCUCAUGGAGGAAGACGAAGAAGUCAACCGCGAUUGGCUGGACUGGCUCUACUCGGCCACCCUCUUCUACGUCUUCGUCAACAUCGUUUACUUCUACUCCAGCAUGAGCCGGUUCCUUUUGGUGAUGGGCGGCACCCUCCUCAUGUACCUACACCAGGUUGGCUGGUUCCCUUUCAGACGAAGGCCAGUCCAGCCACCGCCGAACAACAUUCCUGUCCAAGCUGCUGUUAAUCAAGAUCAGAACAACAAUUUACAACAACAGGAGGAGAACCCAAGAGAACAAAAUGAAACGGAGGAUUCGGAGGCCCCAGGCGAGGUCCAGCCUCCGGGCGAGGUCCAGCCGGCGCCAGCCGUUUCCUUCAUGAGCACAGCGUGGCUUUUCUUCAAGACCUUCUUUGCCUCCCUUCUGCCAGAGGGGCCUCCAGCUGUGGCAAACUAACUGGGCACAUAACUUCCUCUUUCUUGACUACCGAGGCCGGUCCGGACACGAGCUGGCAUGCCUGCCCAAACGUGGCCAAGGAUGGUUGGGUGAAAGAGGGCGAAUGUAGGCUUUGAAGCUUAAAGACAGAUGUGGCUGAAGGUGCAACGAGGUGAUGCUAGCUCAGAGCUUCACGGACACGAACAAUAGAUCACUGAAGCCAUGGCUUGAGGGCGGUGUGACGUUUUGUACCUCGGCUGUCUUGGGGGCCAAGUGCAAGAGAGGCAGACUCCUUCUGCCAGGAUCACUCGAUUCCAUUUGGAGCGGAUCUCGGGCUCGCGUACGCGGAGCGCGCAGUCUUGCGCAACCAGCCAUAUUAGAAAAACCGUGCAGGGGAAGUUAAUGCCAAAAAAUGAAGAAAAAGCUGGGCUUAAUUGCUGACAACACGUGUAAAAGAUAAGGUGUAAAUAGCUUGCCACAGAAGGUAACAGUCAAGCCUAUUAAUGCUACGCAACAGGGGCAGGGAACUAUACGGCCCCUUUA